AUGACCGUCACCGCAAGCAGCAGCGGCACCAGCACUCCUCGACCCAGCGGUAUCGUCGUCUUCUCUGGCGGCAGCGCAGCCAACAGCCUUGUUGACGUCUUCAAGCAUCUCGCCCAAAGCAAGAGCUGCCCGCUCAGCUAUGUCAUCCCUAUCAGCGACAAUGGCGGCAGCUCCAGCGAGCUGAUUCGAGUAUUCGGUGGGCCGGGCAUUGGAGACGUACGAAGCCGUCUAGUCCGCUUAAUUCCUUCUGACGAGGAGGAAGAGCAUCCCAACUCCGAACGCAGCGCCAUCAAAGCGCUCUUCAACCAUCGUCUAGCCAGCGACGGGCCUACCGCACGGCACGAAUGGCUCGACAUUGUCGAAGCCCGACAUGCGCUAUGGAAGAACAUACCGUCUUCCCAAAAGGAGCUCAUCCGCUCAUUCCUGAACCUGAUCAACCUCGAGAUCGUCAAGCGCGCACGACCCUCUUCCGUAUUCGACUUCUCCUCCGCCAGCGUCGGCAACCUGUUCCUGACCGGCGCGCGGCUCUUCUCCGGCUCGUUCGAAAGCGCCAUCUACCUCUUCAGCAGCAUCAGCGGGGUCCCGUCCAACGUGGAAGUCCUGCCGGCCAUCAAUUCCAAUUUCUCCCACCACAUCUCCGCCGGCCUAGCCAACGGCACCGUGAUUACCGGCCAGAACUCCAUCUCUCACCCUUCUGUCCCUACGGCACUCAGCCAAGCCCGCGGCGACGAUCUCCCCAUAAGUCCUACCGCCGAGGCCGAAGCGCAAGACCACAUCGAGGACGCAAACCUACCCGGAUCACUGCCGACUUUACGCAAACAAUAUAUUAACUUUUCCAAAACCGAAGAAGAAGAUCUUCCCGCCCGCAUCGAGCGCAUCUGGUAUAUCAACCCCUACGGACAAGAAAUCCGGCCCCCAGCCAACCCGCGCGUCGUACAGGCCCUCGACGGCGCAUCAUGCGUCGUUUAUAGUAUCGGCUCGCUCUAUACCUCGAUUAUCCCGUCCCUGAUCCUGCGCGGCGUCGGCCAGGCCAUUGCCACCAGUCUCACGCUCCGGCAUAAGGUACUCAUUCUCAAUGGCUCGCUGGACCGCGAAACGGGGCCGUCUUCUACUCCCUUUACCGCAAUGGAUUUUGUCGCUGCCAUUGCCAGAGCGGGCGCCGAAAGCCGCGGCCUCUACGGCCAGCCCGAGCCCCGCGAGUUGAGACGCUACGUUACGCAUGUCGUCUAUGUCGAGGGCCAGGGCUCGCCAAAAGUCGAUAGGGAAGCGCUCUUGCAUCUGGGAAUUGAGACGGUCAGGAUAUAUGGCCGGAAGACGACCGAUGGUAGAGCAGUCCGGUAUGACGAAAAAGCAUUGAUUCAGGCCCUCGAAGCUAUCCUGGGAAAGAGAGAUGCCAGACAUGCUCGUACCAGACGCAUGACUGUCGACACUGGCUCAUAA